UAUCAUUUAGACUCAGCUCAGAUGAGACAAAGAUGUAUUCUAAAGUCACGAUAAUUUACUGUUUGGAAGGGGCAUCGCGCGUGGUGCCAUUAGAGGUGGAUCAGACGAGAACAACGAUAGAUAAAUGUGAGAAGGAGUGUGCAAAUUAACAAAGUAGAGUUACAAAGGGACACGACGUUCUGGAUUAACUCGUCGGGGUAGGCAACACCCCUGGAGAACAUGGCAUGGAGACAUUUCGUGUCGGGAUCUUUUUGUUUUGUAGAACAGCAUGUGCAUUUCCCGGUUUCUAAUAUCUAGAAUUAGGCCGAAGGGCUUUUGACCCGCGGUGUGAAUGUAGAGUGAGUUUAUGUGCCCGCGUACGAAAGCAUUUGACAUCAAAAGCAAAACUAAACAUUGGAAAAAUUGUCAAAAUUCAUACCCGCACUUAUUAGGAAUUAAAUAUGCGUAGUUUUAAAUUGCUUUUCUGCAACACGUGAGUGAUUUAAACAGCAGGGGCGGAGAGGAGGCUGCUGCAGCCGCCACCAAGAUCUUACAGCAGCUCUGCUAUAAGAUCUUUGGCCGCCACUAGAGCGCUCUUGGUCUUUGCUUUGAAGGGAGUUGAGAUGAUCCCGCCACCGCUGGAGACCGCAUUUGGGCAAUGGUGUUCCAGACGAUGUUCUUUGCCGUUGGAGUGCUCUUUCAGGUCAUACUGUGCCUUGGUGACCAUGAAAAUAAAGACUUUCCGUCAGCCACAAAUGGUCAGGUGUUUCCAUGGAACAAGAUGAGGCUCCCUGACAACAUUGUUCCAGUCCAUUACAACCUAUACGUACACCCAAAUUUGACCACUUCAAACUUCACUGGAUUAGCUAAGAUCCAGGUUCAUGUCAGACAGGAAACCAGCGUCAUCAUCCUUCAUGCCAAGCACCUGGAGAUCAGCAGGGCAACGAUUGCAUUAACCGAAUAUGGAGUUUCUCACCCAGAAAGCAUUUUGAACAUUUUAGAAUAUCCACCUUUUGAGCAAAUAGCACUAGAGAGUGCCAAGCCUCUCGAUAAUGGAGAAACUUACAUGGUUAACAUCUAUUAUACGGCCAAUCUAUCUGAUGGCUUCUAUGGCUUUUAUAAAAGUAGUUACCAAACACCAGAAGGGGAAAAAAGAAUCCUCGCUUCAACCCAUUUUGAACCCACCUCGGCACGGAUGGCCUUUCCAUGUUUUGAUGAACCAUCUUUUAAAGCCAAUUUCUCAAUCAAGAUAAAAAGAGAAAAACAACAUAUUGCACUGUCCAACAUGCCCAUUGUUAAAUCUGUGUCGACAGCAGGAGGACUUUUUGAAGACCACUUUGCCGUGAGUGUGAGGAUGAGCACCUAUUUGGUGGCGUUCAUUGUCUGCGAUUUUAAAUCCGUCAGUGCAGUAACAUCAACAGGAAUUAAGGUUUCUAUUUAUGCUACUCCAGAUAAAUGGAAUCAAACACAUUAUGCUCUGGAAGCAGCAGUGAAACUAUUGGAAUUUUAUGAAAAUUACUUCAAUAUCUACUACCCACUCCCAAAGCAGGAUCUAGUUGCAAUCCCUGACUUUGAGUCAGGAGCCAUGGAAAAUUGGGGAUUAACCACUUACCGGGAGACCUCUCUACUCUAUCAUCCGGGAACAUCUUCUGCAUCAGAUAAACUGUGGAUUACCAUGGUGAUAGGUCAUGAACUGGCUCAUCAGUGGUUUGGUAAUUUAGUGACAAUGGAAUGGUGGAAUGACAUUUGGCUGAAUGAAGGCUUUGCCAGGUACAUGGAGUUUGUGUCUGUCGAUGCCACUUACCCUGAUUUGCAAGUUGGUGACCAUUUUUUGGGCACAUGUUUUGCAGCAAUGGGAAGAGAUGCAAUGAAUUCCUCGCGUCCCAUAUCUACAUCAGCAGAAAAUCCCACUCAGAUAAAGGAAAUGUUUGAUACCCUUUCCUAUGACAAGGGAGCUUGCAUUCUGCACAUGUUGAGACAUUUUUUGACUGAUGAAGUUUUCCAAAGUGGGCUGGUUCAUUAUCUACGGAAAUUCAGUUACGGGAAUACCAAGAAUGAAGAUCUGUGGGACAGCAUGGCCAAUAUUUGUACAAAGGAAGACUUUACUUCAGGUGAUUUCUGUUACAGUGGUUCGCAAGCUGCAAAAAGUGCUUACCGCUUUGCAGGAGAACAUCUAGACAUCAAGGAGAUUAUGAACACUUGGACACUUCAGAAGGGAAUACCAGUGAUAAUUGUUGAACAUAAUGGCACUUCAGUUAGACUACAGCAAGAGCGCUUUCUUAAGGGAAUUCUCCCAGAGGACCCUUCAUGGGCCUCGCUACAAUCCGGCUACCUCUGGCAUGUACCACUAACUUAUAUCACAAGCAAUUCGAAAACAAUUGGUAAACAUCUUCUGAAAACUAAAUCUGAUCACAUUGAACUAGAUGGAGAAGCUCAAUGGGUAAAAUUUAAUGUGGACAUGAAUGGCUAUUACAUUGUACAUUACACAAGAGGUGGAUGGGAUGCCUUGAUUAAUCUGCUCGAUCAGAACCACACACUUCUGAGCCAGAAGGACCGAGCAAAUCUGAUUCAUAAUGCUUUCCAGCUUGUCAGUGCAGGGAAACUACCACUGGACCGUGCUCUUGACUUGACCCGCUACCUCAGACAUGAGAAUAAAAGCAUCCCAGUGUUACAGGGUCUGGGCUACCUGGAGGUAUUUUACAAAAUGGCUGUGAGGAGAAAUAUCACUGAUGUUGCCACCAAUCUAAAGAACUAUAUUCUGCAGUUUUUCAAGCAUCUAAUUGACAGACAGACAUGGAGCGAUGAAGGCACUUUGUCAGAUCGGCUGCUACGGUCCAAUCUCCUGGAACUUGUCUGCGACCUCGAUUACCUUCCUUGUGUUCAGAAGGCAUUGGCUUAUUUUAAUCAGUGGAGGAUGUCCAACGGUACCCUGAAUUUGCCAACAGAUGUCCUGGAGAUUGUAUACUCUGCGGGUGCCCAGAGCAGUGAUGGAUGGGACUACCUUCUAACGAAGUACAUGCAUUCGGUUUCCGGGGCUGAAAAGAAUAAAAUUGUGUCUGCUUUGGCAAGCACCAGAAAUCCGGAAAAACUAGCACGGCUGUUGGAACUCGGUUUACAAGGGGAUAUCAUCAAGUUACAGAAUCUAGCCCACGUAGUUGUGGCAGUGAGCAGGAACCCAUAUGGACAGCUCCUUGCCUGGAACUUUGUGAAAAUAAAUUGGAGCAAAUUGAUCGAGAAAUUUCAGCUUGGUUCAAGCACUAUUCGAUGGCUGAUCAUUGGAACUUCAUCUCAGUUUUCAUCAAAGGAAGAAUUGGAAGAGGUGGAGAUGUUUUUUGAUUCUAUCAAGGAGCAGAGUUCCCAGCUGAGAUGCACCCAGAUUGCACUUGAAAAUAUUCAGAAGAACAUAAGGUGGCUGGAGAGAAAUCUGGAUUUACUCAGGAGCUGGUUGCAGAAUAUAAUUAUAGAAGUUGGAACAUAGAACAGUGCAACAGAGUAACAGGCUUUUGGGCAUACAAUGUCUGUACUGAACAUGUGGUCAGUUUCAACUAAUCUCCUCUGUCCUGUAUCCCAUCCCCUGCAAACCCAUUGUCUGUCUAAAAGCUUCUUAAAUGCCACUAUUGUAUCUGCUACCACCGCCAAUCCUUGCAGUAUGUUCCAGGCACCUUCCACACUCAGGGCUGUAAAAAACACCUUUAAAAAUGUUACCCCCGUUACCUUGAACGAACAAAUAAAUGAUACAUUAUUGUCACAUGCACCUAGGGUACCUCGGUUCAGUGUAAAGCUUUGUUUUGCAUACAACCUCGGCAGUACACAAGUAUGGCCAUGUGUUGGUGCUGAAAAAGUUACAAAAGUACCGAGCAGUCCCAUCUACUGCCUGCCACUACACUUGGCAGCAGCCCCCCCUCGCCCCGCCAGUUCCCCCUUCGCCUUAAAGCUAUGCCCACUAUCCUUUGAUAUUACCACCCUGGGGGAAAAAGCUUCUGACUGUCUACCCUAUCAAUGCCUACAUAUUUUAUAUACUUCUAUCAUGUCUCCUCUCAGCCUCUGAGAAACCAGGCAAAAUAAUAUAAAUUUGUCCAACCUCUCCUCAUAGUGAGUACCUUCUAAUUCAGUCAACAUCGUGGCCUUCUGCACCCACUUAAAAGCCUCCAAAACCUUUAUGUAAUGGGGUGACUUCAACUACACACAAUACAACGUACAGCCUUACCAGUCCUGUAAAGCUGCCAAACUGACUCCCUGAUACGUAAAGUCAAUGCCAUGAUUGAAGUAGACAAGAUAUGUCUUUACCACUAUUUCUACUUGCCAUUUCCAUGGUGCUAUGGGGUUGGACUCCAAGGAGCUUCUGUACAUCAAAGCUGUUAAGGGUCUUGCAAUUUCCCGUAAAUCUUCACCUUGCAUUCGAUCUCCCAAAGUGCUUGGAUUAAACUCCACCUGCCAUUUCGUCACCCAUUUUCUGAGCUGAUCUAUAUCCCACAUUUUACAUUGAUAGACUUUCUCACUGUCUGCAACUCCAGCAAUUUUGGUGUCAACUGCAAACUUACUAAGCACUCCCAUAGCUAUGUAGACUACACUUCUUCCCACCUUGCUUCCUGUAAAGACUCUAUCCCCUACUCCCAAUUCCUUCGUCCAUGCCGCAUCUGCGCCCAGGAUGAGGUUUCCAUACCAGGUCAUCGGAGAUGUCCUCAUUCUUUAGGGAACGGGUGUUCCCCUCUUCCAUUAUAGAUGAGGCUCUCACUUGGGUCUGCUCGAUAUCCCGCAGCUCCGCUCUUGCUCCCCCUCCCCCCAUUUGUAACAAGGACAGAGUCCCCCUUGUCCUCACCUUCCACCCAAUCAGCCGUCUCAUUCAGCAUAUAAUCCCAACAUUUUCGCCACCUCCAACGGGAUCCCACAACUGGCCACAUCUUUCCAUCUCCACCUCUUUCUGCUUUCCGCAGAGACCGUUCCCUCCGCAACUCCCUGGUCAACUCGUCCCUUCCCACCCAAACCACCCCCUCCCCAGGUACUUUCCCCUGCAACCUCAGGAGAUGCAACACCUGUCCCUUUACCUCCCCCCUUGACUACAUCCAAGGACCCAAACUGUCUUUCAGGUGAGGCAGGGGUUCACUUGCCCCCUGUAUCCGCUGUUCCAUGUGUCAACUCCUCUACAUCGGUGAGACCAAGCGCAGGCUUGGUGAUCAUUUUGCUGAACACUUAGUUGCCUUAACCUACCUGAUCUCCCGGUUGCUCAGCCCUUCCAUUCCCAAUCUGACCUUUCUGUCCUGGGCUUCCACCCUUGUCGGAGUGAGGCCCAGUGCAAAUUGGAGGAACAGCAUCUCAUAUUUCGCUAGGGUAGUUUACACCCCAGCGGGAUGAACAUUGACUUCUCUAACUUCAGAUAGCCCUUGCUUUCCCUCUCUCCAUAUACCCAGUUCUCCCACCAGUAUUAGUGUCUCCGACUACAUUCUAUCUCUGUCCCGCCCCCUCCCCUGACAUCAGUGAAGAAGGGUGUCGAUCCGAAACGUCACCCAUUCCUUCACUCCAGCAAUGCUGCCUGUCCCGCUGAGUUACUCCAGCAUUUUGUAUCAAGCCAUCUACAUUUACGUCCAGGGGAAGAGGAGUGGAGAAAGCAUAUUUGUAAUUGCAAAUGUUACUCAAGUGAAUCCAGGUCAUUUUGGAAAGCACUUGACAUGUAGGAGAGUGCAUCAUUCAGAAACACUGCAUCAACCGGUAAACAAACACUUUGGAUAUUGUUUCUUCAUUGACAGAAUGAACAAUAUUUGAUUGUCACACUGAGUUAUGAUUACAUUGCAGAAGAAAUUUUGUUUUUAAAGCAAAUAAAAAUUAUAGUUAAACCAUUAUAAUUGUUAAACUCUAUUGCAAACAAUCUUAUUUUCAUACUCCACUGAAAUAGGAUGGUUCCCUUUGUAUUAAAGAUACGAUGUUGUUUUGUACUCAAAAUUACACCACAUUUUUUAAGCUGAGAUGCAUUGAUAUAGAAUUUAAUUGAGAAAUUGAAUGUAUACUUACUUUCUCUCAGUUGCCCCUCUAUACCUGAACUCCGAAUUGCAAAUUCUCUCAUUUGAUUGUGCUCCAAAUAAUUUGUGAUUUUUAAUUGUCUUGAAUAAACAAAAUCCGGUACUAAAUCUAUUGCCACUAAAACCAAUGAUCCCACCACUCGCCACAUCUUCCCAUCUCCCCCCAUUGUCUGCUUUCCCUAAAGACAGCUCCCUCCGUCACUCCCUUGUCAAUUCUUCCCUUCCCUCCCGAACCACCCCUUCCCAGGUGCGACAGAGGUUCACCUGCACCUCCUCCAACCUCAUCUAUUGCAUCCGCUGCUCUAGAUGUCAGCUGAUCUAUAUCGGUGAGACCAAGCGUAGGCUCGCAUUAACCAACCUGACCUCCCGGUGGCUCAGCACUUCAACUCCCCCUCCCAUUCCGUAUCCGACCUCUCGGUCCUGAGCCUCCUCCAUGGCCAGAGUGAGCGUAAAUUGGGGGAACAGCACCUCAUAUUCCGCUUGGGGAGUCUGCAUCCUGGUGGCAUGAACAUUGAAUUCUCACAAUUCUGUUAACCCUUGCUGUCUCCUCCCCUUCCCAGCUUUCCCUCAGCCCUCGGGCUCCUCCUCCUCCUUUUUCCUUUCUUCUCCCACCCCCCCCCCCCCCCCACCAGUCUGAAGAAGGGUUUUGGCCCGAAACGUUGCCUAUUUCCUUCGCCCCAUACAUGCUGCUGCACCCACUGAGUUUCUCCAGCAUUUUUGUCUACCUUCAAAGAAUCUAUACUCAUUAAGUGAACAGAAAUUUUGCAAAAUACUGAGGUCUUUGGUAUACUGGUGAUUGACUUCAACAAUGGUCCACACUCAUGAUGAGUGAUAUGCUGUGGCAAAUCUCAUUGUGAAGAAUUGUACAGGUAUAGAGGUCACAUAUAAGGAUAUUUGUCAUGAAAUAUCCUUAUUAUAGAAUGUAUUGUAAAAUAGCAAGAUUACAAUAUUUGCAUGUUUCCUAUUCAAUAUAAAGUAUUUGCUGUAAAUUUCAUUUGAGGAUUACUGGAUAAAUAUUGGAUGUUUAGUAUGAUGUAAUAAAGCCGUCUUCA